AUGAGCAUGCCAAAAGUGGGAGCGAGGAUACAAAUUGGCAAGGAUCGAGCCACGGUAAUGUACACAGGAACAGUGGAGGGUACGACUGGAGAAUGGUUAGGCAUUGAAUGGGAUGAUCCUACACGAGGUAAACAUGAUGGACUUCAUCAAGGCACGCGCUAUUUCAGCUGCCGGCACGCAAAGUCGGGUUCCUUUGUACGAUAUCAUGCACAAAAGGUGGUGACGGGUACGACGUUUAUGAAGGCGUUAAAGGAAAGAUACACUACCGAAGAUGAUUUCACAACCGUUAAGGGUGAAAAGUAUGAGAAGGAUAAGGACAUUGGCGAACUUUAUUUUGGAGGCAAUAAGCAGAUUGUGGUAGAAACCUAUGGAUUUGAAAAGAUUUUAAGAGCACAACGAGGUUUGAGUGGGUUGACAGUGGUUGGGUUAGCGGAACAGUGUGUGGCAUGGGCAGGUCCUCCGGGCGAAAUCUCGGAGGCGGAAUUAGCCAUUGAGGAUUUGGAUUUGUCCCGGGAUCUGAUAGCAGAUUGGAAAACCGUAUCUGAGAUCACAUCACAACUCGGCAGUCUGAUGAUCUUGAGAAUAAAUCAAUCCCGUUUGAGUGCACCACCGAGAGAAGGAUUAUGCUUGGGAAAUUUACGCACACUUUCAUUGAUACAGACAGGGACGACAUGGAAAGAGAUUGAUGCAUUGGCGGAACAAUUACCUCUUUUGCAAGAUCUUCAAUUGGGUAGUAACGGAAUUUCGGAACUGGGUACAAUGCGUGGAUUGCAAAACUUGGUUAGUCUCAAUUUAGAAGAGAAUCACAUUGCCGAUUGGAGCCAAGUGGCUACACUAGGCGCUCUACCAAAGUUGGAGGUGCUGUUUCUGAAUGAUAAUGAAUUAAAAAGUGUAGAAUAUAUCCGAGACACAUUUAAACAGUUACGAUUUUUACGACUUGAGAAUAAUCAGAUCAGCAACAUGUCGAGUUUAGAUGCUUUGGAUGGAUACCCAAGCCUGACAAAACUUCGCUGUAAAGCCAACCCAAUGUUUUCUGGUUUGACUCCCGAACUUGAAACAACUCAAAUCGUAGGUCGUAUCGGAAGACUCACCACGGUUAAUGGAAAUACCGUGACACGAAGAGAGCGUGUGGAUUUAGAAAGAUUUUACUUGAAAUCAUGCACGGUGGAUGGUGUGACACAUGAAGCGAUCGGUGUUUUACAUCCACGCUAUGCGACCCUAUGUCAACGAAGGCCAACCGAGCGCGCUAAAGAACCGAUUGAUGACGGUUCGAUUGACACAACGCACAGGGAUGGACAUGGAAGCGGUAUUACAAGCCAAGCAUUGGAGCGAUCUACAACCUACAAGGGAAAGUAUCAGUAA